AUGUCAUGGAAUAAUUUUUCAAGGAUGUUAGAUAAAUUACUGGGAAAACAAAGAUUAAAAAAGUCACGACUAAAAAUUAGAAAAAUAAGAAAAAAAUUUAAAACGGUUUUUAAUUUUAUUCUUGGUAAUUACUUUAAUAAAAUUUUAAAUAAAUUAACUAAAAAAUUGGUAAAUAAUCUCUAUGUUAAAUAUAUUUUUAAUACAUUUGCAAGGUUGUAUAAUAAAAAUUAUAAUAUUAGUGAUUUAAAACUACAUUUUUAUCAUUUUUCCUUAAAAAACAAACUUAAUAAUGGAACAUUAGAAAAAUAUAAAAUUGGAACCUGCGAUACUAAAAAAAAAAAAUAUAGAAUAACAAAAGAUAAGGUACAUAAAUGCCUUGAAAGUUCAUGUGUAUUGGAGCCAAAUGAACAUUAUGUAAUUGAUCUUUAUGGUGGAGCAUAUUUACAGAAUGAGCAUAAUAAUUCUUUGCUUCUGAACAACAAAGCCUUUAGCUUUGAGUCGGAUUAUAAUACAACACAAUUUAGUGACUAUAGCAGAAUUAAAGAAAUUGAUAGAUUGACUAGUAGCUCUUAUUUAGAAAAUGACACAUCAUCCUUUGAAAACAUAGAAUAUGAUGAAGACGAAGCAAAUGAAAGUAUAAAAAAUUGUUACUUAUAUAAUGGAUAUAUAAAUGCAACUACUUAUAAAAAAUCUGAAGAAUACAAAUUUUUAAAGUACCAUUUGAAGAAAAAAAAAAAUAGUAGUGCAAAUGUAGAAAUAGACAUCCCUUCAGAGCACAGUGAUGAAUAUAUUGAAAGUGAAAAUGAUAAUAGAAUCGAUGUAAAUUUUGAACAAAAGGAAGAUAAAAAAACAAUAAAUAAAAAAAGAAAAAAAGAAAAAAAGAAAAUAUAUGAGAUUUAUAAUACAGAAACAACAAUGAAGCAGAAUAUAUAUUGCGCGAAUUACUUAAAUGAAAAUUAUUCAUCCUCAUAUGAUUCUACGAGUGAAGUAAGUAGUGAGAAUGAUUUUAUUGAUAAAGAUUUUCAUAGUGAUUAUUUUGAGGAUAUUUAUGGAAAUGAUUUUUUACAUCAUUGUAGUGUACACAGUUAUGAUACAAUUCAAAGUACUUAA